CAUAAAUACCGGCGCAUGGCCGGAGAUGCCAUCAGUCAGCUAGCAGCAUUGCAUAGCAGCACAUCAUCGCAACAGCACAGCAGCGCAGCCGAGAAGUUUACGAACGCAAACAUGCCAGCAGUCAACGCCAGCCUCUACUUUAACCCCAUGCACAUGGAUAAGAAGGCUCAGAGAAAGGUUCUGAAGCCAAUGAUCGAGAAGAAGAGACGAGACAGAAUCAACAGCAGCAUGGAGGAGCUGAAGAUUCUAGUCCUGCACGGACUGAACAAGGAUCCUUCCCUCUAUUCCAAGCUGGAGAAGGCAGAUAUCCUUGAGAUGACCGUCAAGUACAUGAGGAACGUGAGCAGCGGCGCUCAGCUCGCAUGCAGCGACCGCUACCGAGCUGGCUUCUCUGAGUGUGCCGGCGCCGUCUCGCACUACAUGGCCACCGUCGACUCCUCCCUGCAGGGCCGCAUGAUGAACCACCUGUCCGCUGUCGCCGCCUCGCGGAUGAAGCCCGAAGCUCAGCCGACAAUGCAGACACGUGUGGUUCAGCAGCCGGUGUUCCCCGAACACACAGCCGUCAGCCUCGUUACGAAGCAAGAGAAGUUCGUCUGGCGUCCAUGGUAACCACGGGAGACGCAGCAGACGACGGAUCUACGACGGAGCAUCAAGGGCUCCAAUAACAGAUCGUGCGUGCGCGCCCGCACGCCCGCACAGCGCUCUAGAAGCCAAUGCGAGAAGCGAUGCGUCUACUCGUUGCUGAAACAGCAAAGCAAGUAGAGUGACGAUCAAUUCGCAGAGACAGGAACAGUGCGCAGAGACAGGAACAGUGCGCAGCGCCACGUGAACGGCAGCAGCAACACAAGUAGCAGUGUAUCACCAAAGAGUAGCGAGUGUCAUCAGCGAAUGCUACUCUAUACACCAAGCUUACAUCACCACCAACGAUGUACCCGUUCAUUUUAUCGUGACCAGUAGUUAUCGAGAUGACUAAGAAUGUUUUUAGGUUACUUUGGAAAACGUUAACAUGUUACACAUGUAUUUACUGCAAAAAUUGUCGUUAUUGGACUAUUUUUUUGUAGUUGCCAUAUGUAAAACAGCAAUUGUUUAUCUACUAUGAUGCAUUUUUACUAGACUAGACACAUCUACAAUGCUUAUAUCAUUGUAUAUAAAAGUGUUCACAGAAUAUAAGGAAGUAUGAUGAUAUGUUUACUGAAGACAAUAAAUUAUAUCAUAUAAAACUUUAA